AUGGACCUCGGCAACCACACGAUGGUGACUCAUUUCAUCCUCCUAGGGAUCCCCAACACAGAGGGUCUCCAGACCAUCCUCUUCUUCACCUUCUUAGCCUUCUACCUCUGCACCCUGCUGGGGAACCUGCUCAUCUUCUCCGCCGUCCUUGGUGACUGCCGCCUGCACACCCCCAUGUACUUCUUCCUCUCCAACCUCGCUGUGCUGGACAUUGGCCUCUCUUCGGUCAGUGUCCCGAAAUUGCUGACCAUCCUCUGGGGAUGGAGCAGAGUCAUCUCCCUAGCUGGGUGCAUGGCCCAGGUCUUCUUUGGCCACUUUCUGGGCAGCACCGAGUGUCUGCUCUACACCGUCAUGGCCUACGACCGGUACGUGGCCAUCUGCCACCCGCUGCACUACCUGCUCAUCAUGAAAAGGCAGGUAUGCACCCUCUUAGCCACCGGUUCUUGGAUCGCCAGCUCCUUCCAUGCCGCUAUCCUCACCAGCCUGACCUUCACGCUUCCCUACUGCGAGUCCAACGUGGUGGACUAUUUCCUCUGUGACAUCUUCCCCGUGGUCAAGCUGGCCUGCGCGGACACUCAUGUCCUUGAGACCGUGGCCUUCACCAACGUUGGUCUGGUGCCCUUGAUCUGCUUCCCCCUCAUCCUCGCCUCCUACGUCCGCAUCGUCUAUGCCAUCGUCAAGAUGAACUCGGCCCACGCGUGGCGCAAAGCGGCCUCCACUUGUGCCUCCCACCUGGCGGUGGUAACGCUCUUCUUUGGACCCUGCGCUCUGAUCUACACCCAGCCCCACCUGAGCCAGGUGCUGACCUCCAUACACAUCUUCGGCAUCGUGGUGACGCCUAUGCUGAACCCGGUCAUCUACUCACUGAGGAACAAGGAGGUGAAAGUCGCGCUGAGAAAACUGUGGGGGGAUCUCAUGCCGGCACGUUGA